GGCAACUCCACGAAACACUUCUCCGCGCUCCACCGAAGAAAAGCGUACAACCGCCGCGCUCACCAUGGUGCUCUUCGGCCUCGGUGGUCUCAUAUAUGUCGCAGUCCUCCUCAUCAACGGCAUCGCCAUCCUCUCCGAAGACCGCUUCCUCGCACGCAUCGGCUGGACGUCGUCUGCUGACCCUGGCUUCGGCGGUGCGCGCGACGACGCCAGCGUAAAAGCACGGCUUGUAAACCUCGUUUCGUCGGUUCGGACGCUAAUGAGAAUACCUCUUAUGUUCAUCAAUACAGUCAUUAUCCUCUACGAAUUGAUUCUCGGGUGAGUGCGGUGACUGGGCGUUAGGAAUUAUGUACAUACCAGGAAGGGGAGACUGGGGUACAGGGAGGUGUGAUACGGUGGCAUUUAGUUCGCGGAAUGGUGACGGGAGGCAUAGAAUAGGGCGGACGCUUCCUGGAGUUCCACGAACAAAUGAAGUGUUGCUACUGCAGCCAUCAUCACGAAAUGGCUGGAGAUUGCUAGGACUGCGUUACACCCAACACGCUUCCUACUGGGGCAAAAGAACACACACUGUAUAGACGCGUCUCGCCUAUCAAUAAUCGUCGAGGGUUAUCCUAAC